AGAAAAAAAAGAAAACUAUCGGCGAUGAUCCUGACGUACCUACCACCAGACGACAGUUGCAGGAGCGGGAAUGGUACGCGCCUCCUGGUUCGUCCUCUGCCGAAAGUCAACCGUUGCACUCUUCAAUUUCAGGCCUUACGAGUUCGUCGCCAACAAGACCUAGCCGGCCGGAUGGAUCUCGGCGUCUCUUCAAUCGGCCGGAAUUCGGAAGCCCAAAUAUCUCAUUUGGCCUUGGAUAUUGGAGGCACUCUUGUUAAGUUGGUAUAUUUUUCUAGAAACAAGGAACUCUUGAAAAAUGAUGAAGUCCAGAGUUCUGCAAAAGUUAGUGAAAGAAACCAUUCCAUACUCCAAGGGAGGCUUCACUUUGCCAAGUUUGAAACAAGCAAAAUUGACGACUGCAUAGCAUUUAUUAACGGCAAGCAACCUGGUUCCCAGCACCCCAAGGAUCUUGACAGCGACAAAAUCGUUGUAAAGGCCACUGGUGGUGGAGCAUAUAAAUUUGCAGACCUCUUCAAAGAAAAGCUUGACUUUUGUCUAAACAAGGAAGAUGAAAUGGAUUGCCUCGUGGCUGGAGCAAAUUUUCUUCUAAAGGCAGUCCACCAAGAAGCAUUUACAUACAUAGGCGGUCAAAAGGAGUUUGUUCAGAUUAACCAAACUGAUCUGUACCCUUACCUUCUCGUCAACAUUGGCUCUGGAGUCAGCAUGAUUAAGGUGGAUGGAAAUGGAAAAUUUGAGCGGGUAAGUGGAACGAGCCUUGGUGGCGGGACCUUUUGGGGUUUGGGUAGGCUUUUGACAAAGUGCAACAGUUUUGACGAAUUGUUGGAGUUAAGUCACCAAGGAAAUAAUAGAGUGGUAGACAUGCUUGUUGGCGAUAUAUUUGGUGGAAUAGAUUAUGCUAAGGUUGGUCUUUCAUCCACAGCCAUUGCUUCUAGCUUUGGCAAGGCAAUUUCAGCGAGCAAAAUACUUGAAGACUACAAGCCCGAAGAUCUUGCUCGCUCCCUCCUAAGAUUGAUUUCAAAUAACAUUGGACAGAUUGCCUAUCUUACUGCACUUCGAUUUGGACUCAAGCGGAUAUUUUUUGGAGGAUUCUUCAUACGCGGUCAUUCUUACACUAUGGACACCAUAUCUGUUGCUGUUCAUUACUGGUCGAAAGGCGAGGCUCAAGCAAUGUUCUUGCGGUAUGAAGGAUUUCUUGGGGCCUUGGGUGCUUUUGCGAGCUACAACAAGCAGGGCCUUGAUAACUUCAUACAACUAAUGCAGCAAGACCCGAAACAUAAGCCGGAGUUUGAUAGUACAGCAUCUGAAGGGGAAGCCGAUGAGUAUGCAAGUAUAGAUUGUAGUGUCUACAUAGAUUAAGAUUAGAGUUCAUUUCGUUUCUUAGACUUGGCUUAGUGAAGUGCAGAAAAUAAGACCAUUUUUGGGUGGCGAACUUGGCACCCUGUUGAUUCAUAAAGUAAAACAAACUUUCUAGGACUCAAA